CCCACCUCACCGUCCAUCAGUCGAUGUCUCGAAGCUGGGGCGUCGCGAAAUGGAUGACAUCUGCGGCCGCUAGCGGCCCUGGCAAAGGAAUGUCACUCCCCGAAUAUGAUUCGCCAAAGCUACCCCUGCAAGGAGAUUUUCGCCUACCUCGUUCAAUCCGCCUUUUUGUCUUCCCCCAUCUGAUUGAACCACAUAUAAAGUCGGGUUUCCAGUAAGUACAGUCUCUUUUACUCACCACUUGUCAACAUCCAUUCACUCCAAGUCCUUCUCACGAAGUUCAAUAAACUGCAAGUCGAUGUUGAUUUGUUCGACUUAUUACUUGAAUCAAGAACAUCCAUCCUCUUUCUGAAUUUGGCCUUAGACCUGGAAAGUGGAAAGUUCAACGAAGAUGUCAAAACCCUUCUCUCCAGAGGAGAUAUCUCCUCCUCUCAAAUCUGAAAUCCAGCCCUCUCCCUUCUCCCCAGACAUCGAGAAACAAUCUCCCCAUGAACCAUCCACCACCGAAAAAGAAUCCAUCUUCAAGAGUCUAGGCUGGCUCGAUCGAUUUCUCGCCCUGUGGAUCUUCCUCGCUAUGGCGGUGGGUAUUAUUCUAGGGAACUUUGUACCGAAUACCGGGCCUGCGUUGCAGAAAGGGAAGUUUGUGGGGGUUAGUGUGCCGAUUGGUAUGUUGUUCCUCUUUUCUUCCGAGAGGCGAGAUGAAUUGUUGAUGUUUUGAAAUGGUAGCGGUCGGCUUGCUCGUAAUGAUGUAUCCGAUACUGUGCAAAGUUCGGUAUGAGACGUUGCAUAAUGUGUUGGGGA